AACCAAAAAACAAAAGAGCAGAUUGAAAACUUGCUGCAGAAUGGAAAGCAUAAGGAGCUGCGGGAUCGCCUCUGCUGCAGGCUGACCUUUGGGACUGCUGGGCUUCGCUCUGCCAUGGGAGCAGGCUUCUGCUACAUCAACGACCUCACCGUCAUCCAGUCAACACAGGGCAUCUACAAGUAUCUUGAGAGGUGUUUUUCAGACUUUAAGCAGAGAGGCUUUGUUGUUGGAUAUGACACACGAGGUCAGGUGACCAGCAACUGCAGCAGUAAGAAGUAUGAGUAUUGAUUACAUUUGCAUAGAAAUGAAAUUGUGCCUUUGAAUGCAUUCCCUUCCAUCAGAACAGUUUUGUGUUAUGAAGUGUGCUCGCUUUGCCCUCCCUUAGCCCAUUUAAAUAGUAAUGAAAAGAAGCAGAGACUGAGCCCUUGUAAUGCCAGGAGCCCUGGUUGCUUCACUAGAGAGUUUGUAGUCUAAAUGCACGAGAACACCAUGCAGACAUCAAAAGGUUGAUAAGCUCAGAGAGAGGUUU